GACCGCUGCCUCUUGCUGACGCAGGACGUAUCGGCAGUGUUACCGAACAAAGUUUUGUAGUCACAUGGAAAAAUAAUCAGAACUUAAGUUAUACUCAUUACCAUAUCGUCAUAUCUCCUGUAUCAACAUCUCUUAACGCCACGUGUGAAACUCUGGAAAAUGGCAACUGUACAUUGCUACGCAAAAAUAAGGUUACAUCUCUAGAAUUCGAAGGACUCGAUCCAGGAACAAAUUAUUCAGUGAUAAUCUACACCUCAGUUGCCGGUUUGAUAAGUGAAGCAGGAACAGAGAACCAUACAUACACAAGACCUCUGCCUGUUGCUGUACGUAUCGGCAAUGUUACCGAGCAGAGUUUCGCAGUCACGUGGAAGGAUAACAACAGUUUAAGUUAUACUCAUUACCAUAUUGUCAUAUCUCCUGUAUCAACAUAUCUUAAUGCCACGUGUGAAACUCUGGAAAAAGGCAACUGUACAUUGCUACGCAAAAAUAAUAUAACAUCUCUAGAAUUCGAAGGACUCGAUCCAGGAACAAACUAUUCAGUUAUUAUCUACACCUCAGUUGCCGGUUUAAUAAGUGAAGCAGGACCAGAGAAUCAUACAUACACAAAGCCAGAAGACGUAGAACUAAAAGAAGUAAAGAUUGUAAAAAUUACUGAACAUAGCAUUACAGUACAAAUGGUUCCAAGUUUGGAUAAAAAAUGUACAAAGUACCGGAUCUGGAUUGCAAACGAUAUUAAUAAUUCAGUGAAAGAAAUUUAUAGAAAUGAAACAGCAAACGUCACAAAAACCUUUCACAAUUUAACUGGCGGCGUUCUCUAUACUUUCUCAGUAAUUGCCGUUGCUGGACAGUUCAACAGCACAAACGCUUUAGUGUUUCAGAAUUACACAAGACCAAAUAAUCCGUUUCGAGUGUCAGUUAUCGACAAUGGUGAAACCAGUUUAACGGCAGAGUGGUCAACCAAUGAAUCAGACACAACAGACAUAAUUGUACUUAGUAUUUCUUCACCAAAAUUUAUACCAGUACAUGUUGCCCGGAACGGAUCCUCCGAUGGAACCUAUGUAUUCCAAAAUCUGACAGCAGGAACGAAGUACAAUAUAUCUGUCUUUACCAUUAUCGACAAAUUGUAUAGCGAAUAUCCUUCAACAACGAUCAGCUAUACAAGACCAAAUAAUCCGUUUCGAGUGUCAGUUAUCGACCAUGGUGAAACAUAUUUAACGGUACAGUGGUCAACCAAUGAAUCACACACAACAGACAUAAUUGUACUGAGUAUUUCUCAACCCAAAUUUAUACCAGUACCUGUAGCCCGGAAAGGAUUCUCCAAUGGAACCUAUGUAUUCCAAAAUCUGACAGCAGGGACAAAGUACAAUAUAUCUGUCUUUACCAUUAUCGACACAUUGUAUAGCGAAUAUCCUUCAACAACGAUCAGCUAUACAA